UGUACACAUGGGCAACCGAGGACUCGCUGCUCAUGGCAUGAGCCAGUUCGCCGGUGGCUUCGUCACGAUCAACCAGCCGCUCUCCAGUUCCACCUGGAAGUAUUCAUCAUCCAAAGUUGACGAUUACCCAUUCCCUCUGAAUAAACAAACAAGUAUUUGUGGGACCAAAUUUUACACAAGCGGCUACCUCGGUGAACAUGGAGCCGGGAAGUCAGGUGGGCUCGUUACCAGGGGCCUCGAUAGAGUUGAAAGCGAGAAGGGCACAGUUCCAGACGCAAGCGUCUACCGUGGACACUAGGAGACGGCAGGCUGUGUGUGUUAGAAGGGCGUUCAAAAAAUAUGGAGGGAAAAAUAAUCCGAAUAUUAUUCUCGACGGUCUCAAUAUGACUGUGCCAAAGGGUGCUAUAUACGGUCUCCUGGGAGCAAGUGGUUGUGGAAAAACGACUCUUCUAUCUUGCAUAGUCGGAAGACGUCGUUUAAACUCCGGUGAAAUAUGGGUUCUGGGUGGAAAGCCCGGCUCCAAAGGCUCCGGUGUGCCCGGCCCCCGAGUUGGUUACAUGCCUCAAGAGCUUGCACUCUACGGCGAAUUCACUAUUCGCGAGACAUUUAUCUAUUUCGGUUGGAUCGCCGGCAUGAGCACCGUCCAGGUUGACGAGAAACUUGAAUUUCUGCUUCAGCUUCUGGAGCUACCCAACGAGAAUCGUUUCGUGAAGAAUCUUUCUGGUGGCCAGCAGCGUCGAGUAUCCAUUGCAGCGACACUUCUNUCACUGCUGAGGCUGUGA